AUGACCACUGCUUUUCCAUCGAGCCUCUACGCCUGCCCCUGCUCCGAUCUCAGCUCUGCGCCCACCCCAUCAUCGAAGCGAGCAUCCAUACAACCAAACACCCUCGAAUUGAGCGGAGAUCAAGCCUUCAACCCACAUUCGCCUCGAGCCAACUACGCCCUCUACCCUCUGUCCGAUCUGCUAUACUGCGAAGAGUGCGACGAGAUACGGUGUCCGCGAUGCUGGACGGAAGAGAUCCUAUACUGGUACUGCCCGAACUGCUUGUUCGACGUGCCCAGCUCUACAGUGAAAGGUGACGGGAAUAGGUGUUCUCGCAGCUGUUACAACUGUCCGUCCUGUACCACGCCUCUACAGAUCACCCAAGUCAGCCACCGAGAUGAAGGGUUAUUGAAGCCUACUGAUGCUGCCGGCGGUGACGAGACGUACGUACUGCAGUGCCAGUACUGCGACUGGAGCUCGCUCGAGAUCGAUGUGCGCUUUAGCAAGCCCACCAAGAUUACCGAGCAGCUGGCAAAGCAGCGCAAAGCCCGUGUGUCUGGCAAAGAAGACACGGCCCCUUCAGAUAAGAAGGUUACGGCUCCUGACGAUGUUUUCGCCAGUCUUGUCAGCUUCUACAAAGACCAGCUGGAUGAGUCAGGAGACUCUCGAAAUCCAUACUCUAACAGCCCCUACAACUCGCCUGCAAAUCUUGCGCGCAUCAUGAGCUUGUAUGGUGGACUGUCUUACAACGCUUUGAAGAAGACCCGUGAGAAGCCUCAGCCAAUGCGUGAAGCCCUUGGGGCACCAGAAGGCCUUUUCUCUUUCGGUACCGAUCGUUCUGAUACCGAAAUCAUCAGCCGAAUGCAAACAUCAGGAUGGGAUGCUACCCCCACCGCCGAACAGCAGCUCUCGGCUCCUGUCAACCACGACAUUAGAUUCGCCGACGAGCUCUGGCCUUCCGCUACACAGCUGCGAACACGUCGUGCCAAACGUUGCAAGAAUUGCCGUCACAUCAUUGCUCGUCAGGAACCGAAAGUCGGCAACAUGCGCUACAAGAUCCGGUUGCUUGCCAUGAACUACAUACCUCGACUUUCAAUCCGGCCUUUGCACCCCACAAUGCCUCUCACCAAUCCCGCUUUCAAUCUUAAGCCGGAAAUGCCGCAGCAUGAGUUGUUGCAGCCCCACAAAGCUCAGCAAUACGUUCUCACUAUCAGGAAUGCGCUCUUUGAGACCGUCAAGAUCUCGCUUGCUACACCAGCGACGACACCUGGGAAGGUGGCGUCGCGGGUGACGAUCCUCUGCCCUUCAUUCACGGUCGGACCAGCUGGCGAUGUCUGGGACGAAGCACUAUCGGCAUCCGCCGAGCCCAACUCUGACGGCGGUCGUAAGGCAGCCAUGGCAUCACUCACAGGAUCUUCAGAAAGCUCAGACCGCCAGCCGGAAGCCGGUAAGAUAUGGGAACGGACUCGCAAUUCCACCUCUGUAAUUGUCGAAGUCGUGCCUGGUGCACUUCAGCAACCCCCGAGCAUUGUUCGGAAGACCGACAAGGAGCUCGCGGACGAGGAGCUGGAGGAGGACGAUGAUGUGCUGGAAGUUCCGGUGUAUGUGCGGACUGAGUGGGAGAUGGAGGUUAAGCCGGGUGAGAGCGUGCAGGCGAAGAAAGAUGCUAAUGCGAUGCCGGGAGAGAAGGUGGGCAAGGAGCUUGGGUAUUGGGUGGUGCUUGCGGUGGGACGUAUUGCGGGAUGA